CACUGGUAUCUCUGCAAAUAACCACCUAUCAGACAUUACCGUGUCCGUGCAGAAAACUUUAAAAUCGUACCGAUGUAAACAUGGCUUUAGCAACACGCACUUUGAGGAGCCUCCAACGUUUCAACAAAAAUGUCCUCCUUGUUUCUGGAAGAAGAAGACACGAUGGAUGUUCGCCUCUAUUACUGAAAAGCUCAUCUAGACCUUAUUCAGACACUGUCGGAGUGAAACUCACAGGGAGUAAUGUAACUUCCUCAGAUAAAAAGGACCCAGCGCAAUUCUUCUUCAAGGAUGAAGUCCAAAGUUGUCUGCUAGAAAUGAACAUGCGUGAUACAUCCAAAGUUUUUGAACCUCGUAAAGAAGGAAAGACCCUCUCAGAGCCAGAAUUGAAAUUUUUAACUCAAGAGGAACUUGAUGAGGAGCUAGAGAGAGCCCAUGAAGUAGCUAGAUACUACCUCCAAUUACCACCUGUUCUCUCACCAAAACCAGAUGAAAGGAUUGUUUUAUCAGAAGAUCCAGAACUGCAAGGGCUUGAAGAGUCCAAAAUCUUGGUGACAGACAUUUCGUUUGGUGUACCACAUCGCGAUAGGAUUAUUGUAGCGAGAGACACAGAUGGUACAUUGCGUCAUGCAUCAAGAGAUGAACGGUACCGUAUGCUGCAGACAUAUUUUCCAGAGGAGGGGCGGUCAAUUGAACCACCACAGCUGUUUACUUCAGAGAAACUGAAGUCGCUUCUAGAUAGGUUGGAGUACCAAUUCGUCUUAGACAAAGCAUGUAUACAGUUUGAGCCUGAUGACCCACAGUAUGUUUCUGUUACAUCAAUUACUUAUGACCAUAUUGAUGCUAGUGGUGAAUAUGAUUUACUUGUUGGAACACGGCAUUAUGGUUCAAUGGCAUUCUAUUUAGUCUUCAAUGGUCGCCAAGACAAAUUUUUGAAGCACUGCAUUUCUACUCAUAAAAUUCAGGAUGCUGUGGCACUCACAAAGGUGUUUUACCUGACCAGGCCAGAGAUUACAGACUAUUCAAAUCCUUCUUCGCCAGAUGAUACAGCCUUCUUGAAGGAAUAUAUUUCCAAAUAUGCCAAAGACAAAGCAUCUUUGACCAUGACCUUAAAUGCUCACCUGGAACUGCAGCUUCCAACUGCAGACGAGGAAAGAACUCUCUCAGGGAAUCAAUAAUACUAUGUACCUGGAAUAUCAGUGGAUUUCAUGUAUUUAUAAAUUCAUCUUCUUUCAAUCAA